CCCCAGGCACAGGGGAGGCUGCAGAAUAUAGAGAUAUGUUUAAAAAAAACCCCAAAGAAACAUAAAAGGCCUGGUUGGUGCCAUUUCCUGGGACCGGACGCGCGUUGGUCACGAGGUGAGAAGGUGUCCGAGGCUGGUGUCACUCUCGGGACACGCCAACGACCUCCAGAGCCACCAUGGCUGGGGAAAUGGGUCAUGCCGAUCUAAGAAAUCCUGGGAAUGGGCCUUCUCCAGCUGAGAAAUGUCCUGUGUGGCCUCUUCCAGCUCCUGCCCCAUGCCCGUGGUGGCACCGAGUCCUCCUCACAGCCGGGGCUCUGGGGCACCUCGUCCUGCUGGUGCUGGUGGUGCUCCGAAAUGUGAGUGGGCUCUCUAGAGCCAGGAACCAGACGGAGCGAUGCAUCUUCCCAUCCCUGGUGUGGUACUUCUGCCAGCCCCAGGGGCAGAGCCCUCCAGGUGAGCCCCCUUCCCACCUGGCUCUGCUGGGAGAGGCUCAGGUGGGUCCUUGGGGGGCUCCUCCUGCAAGGAGACCCUGCACCGAGGGUUCUUUGGCAAAAAGGAGCAUUUUUAAGGAAGAAUUCCCUUUUCCGUGGGAUUUUUGGCGGUCCCACCUCCCCAGAGGAGCAUGGUCAGCCCAAGGGGGGAUGUUUCUCACCACCCUUCCUGCACCCCAACUACCCACUGUGCCUAGCAGAAAAACCACAACGCUGGGAAAUAACUCGAGGGUUUGGUGCCUUUCAUUUGGGGGGUCAGAAAAGACCUUGCCCACCUUUGCGGUGUCUCAUUCGUGGCCUUCCUCCUCCCCAGCCCCUGCUGGCUGCAAGCUGUGCCCCCAGGACUGGCAGCUCCGUGGGGAGAGAUGCUACUGGCUCUCCAAGGAAUCGGGGAACUGGACUCGGGGCAGGAAAAGCUGCGAAGAUCAGGGCUCUGAGCUGGUGGUGCUCAAGAACGAGACAGAAAUGGAGAACGUCGAGAGUGUCACAGGCAGGCGCCCGUGGUCGGUGUGGGUCGGGUUGAGGUCACGGCAGAAGGAGUGGACGUGGGUGGACAACACCCCCUACAACCCCCACAGGUUUGGGGUCCUGCGGGAGCUGGAUGAAGGGUGUGGGACCCUGAAAGGCAAGAGCUUGGAUGUUGAUGUCUGUGCCAGUGACCACAAGUGGGUUUGCCAAAAAGCCCCUUUCCAGCUCUCCCCGCCCACGGCAGGAGACGUUGGGAAGCUGGAUGAUGCUUCCACCUGACACACUUGGGCAACGGACCCCAUGUGGUAUAACAAAAUCAUUUAUUACAGUUCUUUCAUGGUUUAUCCACCCUGUUACAGCCGCAGUAAAUUCCAGUCAGUAGCUUUUCUCUAUAUCCACUUUUUAGUUAAGCAUUCUCUGCCCAGGAGAAAAAUACUCCCAAGCAAUUUCAGACACACACGGAUACAUCUCACCACGUCUGUAUUCAGAUUGCCAAGUUCCCCUUAAGUUUCUCCCAGAGUCACAUAAUCUCAGUACCUACACUUAAGUGUUAUUUUUAUGCUUUUACAUUACUAUAGAUGACAAUAAGCCAAGUGGCUC